AUGUCCAGGCGAAACCACAAGGAGAGGGCUCAACCCCUCCACCGGGCCAAGCUCGGCAACCUCGAAAAGCACAAGGACUAUGUCCAUCGAGCCCGAGACUACAAGUCGAAGCAGGACAGGAUUAGGAAGCUGCGAGAAAUUGCCGCCUUUCGAAACAAGGACGAGUUCUACUGGGGUAUGAUCAAGGGAAAGACGAAGGGCGGUGUGGCAAUUGGAGACAGGGGUAACGAGGCGUUGAGUACGGACGUUGUGAAGCUGUUGAAGACCCAGGAUAUGGGUUAUGUCCGAGUGCAGAUCGCCAAGGAUGAAAAGGCGAUCAGCAAAAUCCGCGCCGAACUCGAAGUGACCGCGCCUAGCUCUUCCUCCAGCGAUGAAUGGACAGCCGCCUCUGAGCUCGCCGAGGUGGAGAAGCUUGCCAAAAUGGGUAUUGUCCUCAACCCUCGUCAGUCCAAGAAGGGCAAGGGAAAGGGAAAGGCGCCUGCUGAGGGACAUGUCGUUUUUGCCGAAGAUCGUUCGGAAUUCGAGCAAUACGGUGAAUCAUCCACAGAAGAAGUCGAGGGAGAAACAGAAGAGGCUGUCGACCUCGGAUGGGAAGACCCCCAACCUUCCAAGAAGAGAAGAUCAAAGGCCCCCGCUCCCGAAGUAGUCGAGAUUGACGAAGAGGCAGCGGCUGCCGCCUCUCGCGAACACCGUCUCGACCUUCUCUCCUCUCUUUCCGCCCACCUCAACCGUCUAAAGCUUCUUCGCCAAGCAGAAUCUAAGCUCGAAACUACCAAGGGUAUGAUGGGCAAGGGUGCCGCGCAGAAAGUCAGGGAGCAGGGGUAUGCGGAGGAUGAGAGUCAGCCGGAAGAUCGGAAUGGGGAGAGGAAGAAGUGGCAAGGAAAGGUCUGGAAGUGGAAGACCGAGAGGAGAAGGUGA